AUGGACAUUCACAUCGAUCCUUAUAACAACCAUUACAGUCUAAAAAUGUUACUAACUAACAACAUUAACGGAGUAAUAAACUGGUUGCAGAAUUCUGCCAAUUUCGGGCCUCACAGACAGGACGGGACACCCUUCAACCGAAUGACGGUAACGAGAUCGUGGUUUGACGUUUACGCCACUACAGGACUUGGCAAAACCAAAUUCGCGUCUAAAAUGGACAGUUUGAUUCAAAUCACGCAGCUGAUGAAAGAAAAUUUUUGUAUUUCACGUUUGGGUUCGCACCAAUUGCCAUGGAACACGAAACAUUUCAACGAUUUGCCGAAUGCUAUCUACAUAGCAGAGAAUUCGUCCAUGUUUCCGAAGGAACAAGUUGAGAAACUCGGUAUCUUAGGAUAUUUUUUAGACACCGGCAACUCAAAAUCUCCCUUAGAAAUGAUUAAUGACAUUUCAAACAUAUUGAUAACGAGGCCAAGAGUAAACUUGACGACCAAAAGCGGUAUGCAUGUUUGCAAGCAUUACUUGAACUUAUACUGUUCAACGGGACUGGGACUGACCGUAGAAGAGGCGAAAACGAGGUCUGCUGAGCAAAUGCUGAACACGCUGCGAAGACUAUGCGGUUUUGUACCAAUGUUAAACUUACCGUUAAUGGAUCACCCUGGAAAUUACGGAAAUGAACAUCGAAUGUGUUUGUGCUUGCCGAUCGACGACCAGUACAAAAUUAAACUGAUCAAAUACUUUUUGGAGUCGCCCAAGGUGCCGCACACCGUGCAACUCAAACAACUCGAGGCCAUGUUGAAAGUGGUCGUGAAAUAUUCGGACACGGGGUCCAGCGGCAAACCUGGUGUGGCCUGUGAAUUUGGACCUCACGUCACAGUCGGCGUAGGUGCUACAAAAAUGAUAAGCGUGUUCAGGUCACGGACGGCAAUGUUGAACAAGCUGAAACUGGUGUGUGGGUUCGUGCAAUAUCCGCGAACGUUCGUGCCACCGGACUGCUCAGAUUCUACGAUGGCCGAAGACGGCGACAACAACAACUGCUACGACAGACUAAACAUUUCCUUCCCGAGCUUACUGCAGCAGGGCAAUCACCCGUUGAACGAAAUGUUUCCGGCCGAACCCGUCGAGUAUUAUAGAGACACGACGGUGUCCAAUCGCUCAGAAACGACUGACACCCCUACCGUUGUAAACGCCGGAAGAACGGUCGAAAUCGUCGUGCGGGAGGGCGUGAUUACGAGAGGUGCAUUUAACCCAAACCUCGGACCCGGCCAUAAUAACUCCAACAGUCCUAUCCGACCAAGGAGCAGCUGUUGUGUGAUCCGAGACUCUAGGGCGGAAGGAUUGACCGAAAGUUACAAUCAAGGACUAGACAUGGGGCAGUGA